AAAAAAACCAAAACAAACAUUGUUAGUUAACAGACGUAUCUUGUUUUUUAAAAAGUCCAGAACGUGUAGUUAGAUAUAUAAAAAGUCAAGAGUAGAAAUUUGAAUUUUGGAAAUGGUCAAGAUUGUGUAUUUAUCGUGAAUUUAACUCGUUAACUUACAUAACACUGCCGAGCGGGUGAACACAGGGAUGUUUGUACAGCUAUUGGGUCUAUUGUUGCUAUGGAUGAAGUACUUCACUUGUGUGUUUGUUAAUGGAGGUACCGGUACGUGUUACAUUUUGAUUAGUUCGGAUGUCUCGACAGCACGCUGUCGCUACCCUGAAUUAACAGACUCGGUUGAUGAAAAGAGGAAGCAGUACUCUUGUGCUAUAGAGCGAUUAUACAGACGAACAUAACGCUGCCAUGCGAGUUUGCUUUCGGUAUUGCUAGGUACUGCGGUCUACGACGUCAUGAAAUUGAAAGCACGUUAUUAUUGUCAGCCUCCUCUCUGACUCUGGGAUUUUUUCAUUGUCCGCAUGUGGUGUGUUCCGUACACAACAUCUAAGGAACAUGCACUACAGACUGUGAAAAGAAAGAAAGGCUGUUGAAGAGACAAUACCUCUAAGUGGCUGAGAUUGGUGGAUUGUGAUAGACGAAUCAGGGAAGGCAUGGCAAAUGAAGAGGGGCUGGUGCUGCGCAGUCGCAGGGUGACGUCCAAAUCUCCUGCAGCUCUGGAGGGGGAGAGCAGUGCGAGAGGGGCCGACGGGGACCUGCAUAUAACCAGCAAUGGAAAACUGGGCGUAGAACACAUGGUCGCCAAGAAACUGCAGCUGAAGCUCAAAGCAGAGCAUUUAAAGGCAGGCCUGCUGAAGCAGUUUGACUGCCAGAUGAACGAGUUUGUGGAUAAUCUGAUUGACGAGUCGGCUAGUCUGGAUUCCCCCGCAGCCCCCCCAGUGUUUCCAUCCUCGCUGGGGGAGAAGGAGAGGACCAAGCUCAGGCAGCCGAGACUCUCCUCUGAACAAGGCAAGCUCUUCAUGACCCGUCGCUCCCUGCUUGAUGAGCUGUUUGAGGUGAAUCACAUCCGUACCAUCUAUCACAUGUUCAUAGCCCUGCUCAUCCUCUUCAUCAUCAGCACCCUGGCUGUGGACUUUAUCGACGAGGGCAGGCUUGUUCUUGAUUUCGAUCUCCUGGUCUACGCCUUUGGGAAGUUCCCCCUAGUGGUGUCUACGUGGCUUUUCAUGUUCGUGUCUACCUUUGUUGUACCCUAUGGCCUGUUCCACCAGUGGGCCCGUCACUACCGCACCUCUCGCUACAAGACCCUGCGCUCCUUGCUUGCUAGCACCCUCUUCAUGCUGUUCCAGGUGCUGGGCCUGGGCUUCUUGCCCACCUACAUGGUUUUGAGGAACGGGCUGCCCCCUGCCUCACGCUUCAUCAUCAUACUGGAACAGGUGCGGCUUGUAAUGAAAGCACAUUCAUUUAUCAGGGAAAACGUUCCAAAAGUGCUGUCCUCCUCCAGAGAGCAAAGCAGCUCCUUGCCAAUCCCCCAGAUGUCCCGGUACCUGUACUUCCUCUUUGCACCAACGCUCAUCUACAGAGACAGCUACCCCAGAAAUCCUUCAAUAAGGUGGGGCUACGUGGCAACCAAAUUUUUACAGGUGCUCGGCUGCCUCUUCUAUGCGUACUAUGUGUUUGUACGCCUGUGCAUUCCUCAGUUUAGGAACAUCAGCCUCCAGCCCUUUGACUUGCGUGUCAUGGUGCUGUGUGUGUUCAACUCAAUUCUCCCAGGUGUGCUCAUCCUGUUCCUCGCAUUCUUCGCCUUCCUGCACUGCUGGCUCAAUGCCUUUGCUGAGAUGCUGCGCUUCGCGGACAGGAUGUUUUAUAAGGACUGGUGGAACUCCACAUCAUUUGCCAAUUACUACCGAACCUGGAACGUGGUCGUUCAUGACUGGCUCUAUUGCUAUGUGUAUCUGGACUUUCUCUGGAUAUUUGGGAAGCGGUUCCGAGCCCCAGCCAUGCUGUUUGUGUUCACGGUCUCCGCUGUGGUUCACGAGUACGCCCUGGCUAUCUGCUUCGGCUUCUUCUACCCAGUCCUCUUCUGCCUCUUCAUGUGCUUUGGAAUACUGUUCAACUUCAUCCUGCACGACCGGCGGAAGGGCCCGAUCUGGAACGUCAUCAUGUGGACCUCUCUGUUCCUGGGCCAGGGCGUCCUGCUGUGCCUCUACUCUCAGGAGUGGUAUGCACAGCACUACUGCCCGCUGACAAGGCCCUCUUACUUGGAUCUGCUUACACCUCGUUCUUGGACUUGCCACCAGCAAACCUCUCCUGGGAGCAACUGAUUUCAAAACUGAGAAGAAACAAAACCUGCCAAUUUUUACGAACCAAGUGAAUGUGCUUUUGUUGUUGUGUUUUUUUUUGUUUUUUUUUUCUUUUAUUGUGUAUACCAGAGUGCCUGGUCUUCUCUGUACAGGGUUUUCAGCAGAGAAGCACCACUGUCCUGCUCAGCUCUCAUUGGACAAUGCUGAUCUUUUAAACCAAUUGCAGAUUAAUACAAAGAUCCCUUGCUUGCUAAAUACUGGGAGGAUAUUAAGCAAAGAGUCUUGGAAUAGUGUACCAUAGGCAACAAAUGGCACCCUCUCCUCCCAAGUCAUACUUCAUUUGUCAAUCUUUCCCAAUUUAUGUUGGAGGGGAUUGACAAUUCCCUGUCAACCGACUUGGAUGUCCUUGGUAUUCUUAAUGAAAUACAAAUACAUCUGUUAACUACACUUCAAAAUUUUCAUAAUGUGAUAAUUGUGACACAAAACUCUGCUGUCUAUUGAACCUCUUGUGAUCUUAGUAACACUUUAUCGCCUUGCUUGCAGUAACUCCCCCUGGAGAGAUUUACCUCUUCCUGUUUGCAUUGGCUCUGGUCCUCCACAGGUUAGGGAGGGAGAGACGCCUGGUGAGCUCAAGUGGACACCUGCUGGCAAGCCUUUCUCCUCCAGAGGCCAGGAGCUCUCUGACAUCCACGUGAGUUGCUGCGUGUAAAAGAGGCAAUUGGCUUGUUCGUGGGAUCGAAGGACGCUCACGGAACCUUCCGUUCCCUCUCUGAGCUGUAAUUGGCUUGUUCAUGGGAUCAGGAGAUGCCCCGGAAUUGCUGCGGUGCGGGAACACAAUUGGACAUUCUAAAUGGGGGAGAAAAUGGAGGGUAAAAUAAUUACUGUUCUAAACUGGAGGAGGGGGUGCGUUUCAAAGAACGAAUUUAUCAAAACAUUAGCACAUACCUGCAGCAUAACCACAGCAUUUUAAUAAAAAUGAUAAGUAUACCUAAUAUAAGGAAAGGCAUGAUCAGCUAUUUACUCAUGGUGUUGUCCUUCACCAGUUAAUUAUUUCCGAGUUUCUUUUUUGAACCAUCAUGUAGCCUCUAUACAGCUACUUCAAUCAACAUGGAAACAGUAUUUGCUUACCAGUUAAAGUACAAAUGGGGACUGCUUGAAGAGGUUUCCAUUGUAUUUGGUUUGCCUUUUACAGUCUCAUUAACCCAGAUGUAAGUGGAAUGAUGAGAGAAAUAUUCUGCAGUUCUGAGGGAUUUGAAUUGCAGUCGUUUGUGUCAUUGCCUUUCCUGUUUAACCCACUUCUCAUUUUUUAUCUGUGUGCAUUGCUGAUCACACGUCCUCUGUGUUGAUGAGCAGGCAAGUUCUAAGGGAGUAGUAGCGACUCACCAUUGUGACACACACACUGUAUACAUUGCAGGUUUGGUAUGCACUCACUUGGGGAUUGUACAGCAAUCACGGCUCUUUGUAAACUGAUUAUUAAGCAAUGAGAGGGAAGCAGCUAGGGGCAGCAUGUGAACACUGCACUGCUGUGUCAGUUCUACUGUGACCCACAAGGGGUGCUGUUUCAGGAUAUCUUGUCUAGGUAGAUAUCUCCUCAUUUUACCCUGAAUUCCAAUGCUACAGUCUGUAAUAUUGCCCUGAUUUUUCUGAAUUUACAAACUAGAACUAAGCAACUGGAUGGUUUUAAUGUCAGGCCUCUUAAGAAAAUGUGUAGCAUUGGUGGUUAUUGGCAAUAAAGGACCUGCUAGUCUGAUCGUUGACCUUUUCAUUGUUUUGAGGUAAAGCUGUUAGGAGCUCCUCAGAACUCGUUGCUGGUAUGUUCUAAACAAACUCGAAGGCAACCAAUAACUUGAGUGUAUAUUCUAAACUGGACCCUGCUGAACCGCUCAUCUUUAUAAACCCCUUGAAUCAGAGUUGCAGCUAGUUACUAACCUGCCUGAAAUGGUAACUUCACAAAUGCUUAUUUAUACUACUUAAAAUAGCCUUUUAAAGAGUAAGUACUGAGGUUCUGAAAUAGUGUUACACAUCCCUACGUGUUGGUACAACAGUUUCAAUAAAAUAGCUGCCAUUUCUCUUUUCAGUGUUAACAUCCUGGCACCUUUUUACACUUAUUUAUUUUUUUUUUAAACCUCUUCAAAAUGGCCGCACUAGUGCACUGGGGUUUGAGAUCUGCAGGGGGGAAAAAAAAAACCUAGCAAGUGACCCGGCUUUUCUAUUCUGCACCAUUUCAUGGAUGCUGUGUUAACUGUUUGACAAUAUGGGCAGUAAUCCUUACACUAUCGGUGAACUAGGGCGGACUUUAAAGUUGUAACUGAAAAGUUGUCAGGAUGUCAACACUGAAAAGAAAACUGACAGGUAUGACAUUAUAUAUUUUGGAACCCCACUGCUUAUUCUUUCAAUGAUUGUCAAAAUGCAGUAUUUCUGUUUUUUAAUGUCUCAGAAGAACAAAAAGGCUGAAGCCCUGACUAGGUUCAAUUUUUGAUGUUUUUUUUUAGUUUUAUUUUUUUAACUCGUUUACGUUUAAUUUUAAAUGUGGCCUGUAUUCAUAAAACUUGGGUAUCGCUUAAGCUGUGGCUAUAUGUUGCCUCAUAUUUACAAAAGCAUCCUUGUGUAAGUUCAGACACUGCUACCCAGAAAACAAGCAGCCAGUUUGUUACACAAGGGCCCAGAUUGUUUGAGUUCAGUCACAUGUAUGCAGUGAACAGCAGAUAUUAUUUGAUGCAUAUUUACAUGCUGAAUGGUGUCUAUCUUUCACAUUAGACACGUGUGUUCUUUUUUUUUUAUGUACCCAUUGAAAGCAAUGUUUGACCUACACAAUGCUAAAUAAAAAUUAUUCUAGUAGUCACACUAAACAUCUUUUCAAAACACAUUUCAAAGAUGUUCUUUUUACCUCAAUUAGCAUUUUUGCCUGGAUUUUCACAAGUUUACUAAUACACAAGCAUUUGAAGCAUCUUAAUUUCAGCUUGUUUUAUAAUCACCAGAUCUGAAAAUAAAUGUGCAAGGAGGAAGCUGCUUAAAGAUGGCACUGGGCUAUUGUUUCUGCACCUGCAUGUGAUGCUUGAAGAGGUAUCUACAAAUCCUUCAACCAAUUAGUGUGCACCAUGUGAACAGCUGUAGCCCUUCAUUACGCCACGAGUGAUACGUUGUAUCAGAUCGUGCCUGACUCUCUGAAUACGGUAGCAGUUGUUGGCUGUGGUGUCCAUAUUGAUUCAGUCAUUUGGUUCCUUUGCCAGUCCAGACCACAGACGGUGCCUGGUGGUCUACAGUAUAUGAAGCAGAAACGAGCACAGCUCCGAGCUGAGUGACCUUUUGAAUGACAUUGGCAUCAGCAGGAAUUCAAGGGCUGGACUUUUGAAAAUGAAGAUUAAAUGUAGUUUGUUUUACUAUUAAAUUAGGAUUGGGUAUUUAUACCCAGAUACGGAUAUCUGCAGGCUUUGUUCAUCACUCCUUUCAUUAUAACGCAUUUUAACAAGUUGCACUGAACUCAAAUGUAAGCCCGCCCAGUGUAACACAUCCCAUUAACGAAUGCAGGCCUCUUGUGUUUUUACUUUUCCUUAUCUUUUUUUAAUGCUGUUUGUAACCAUUCUCUGUGGUUCUGAUAGUAAUUGCUGAAAUGUCUAUGGUGAAGUGCCUUAACCUUUAGUUCAGGGGCUGCUCUUCAGUUGCCUGCCAUAGACAUAUGCAACAUAGCCUAGAUUUAGAGCAUAGGGGUGUAUUGCCAGCGCAAUAAAAGGAAAGUGGCAAGUCACUCUGACUCUGACUCUGUUCUAUAAAGACUCUUUGUCAGUGUUAUGUGCAGGACAGGCAAUUAGAACUGAAGAGCAGCUCCUGAACUCAAACACAGUAACACUGCAACAAGAGCCAGGAGAAGGAAUUCAUUUGAAGGUGCUCAUUUGUGCAGUAAGCCUGAGUCUAGCUACAGAUUGAGAAACACAUUACAAUACUGGGAUAGUGAAACUAGUGACAACUUGGCUGAAUGUUUUUUGGUGCCAAUGUCAAAGUGCUUUUAAAAAAAACUGCUGUUCCCACAGUGCUGUGUGUCACAUCGGUAAUGUUCUGCUGUCGCUUCUAUACAUCUAUGUCAUUUCCAGAAAUCUGAGAGACCUGCCAGUACUGUGCAGAGAAGAGUUUCUUUAUCCUCUACUGCUUCAUUAGGAUCAACAUUCCUGUCACACAGCUUUUUGUACCCAAAAGGACAAGGACAUUUUGACAGACAAAAUCUUUGCAGUUGUUUCACCUUUUAAUAGAAUUACCUUAUGGUAUAUUUACAGAAAUGUGUUCAAUCAUAUUUUGAUCCACUUGUACAAUUUUGCUGUUUUUAAGGAAAUGUUUCCUACUUUUGCAUUCAUUUGUGAGCCCCAUCUUUAAAUUGUCAUAUUUCAAUAUUAAUCUCAUCUCUGAACAUUCCAAAGACUUAACUUGUUUAAAGAUUACCUUAAAAUCUACAAAACUAUUUGUGUAAAAACAGCUCUGAAUGUUUUGUUGUGAUGUGAUAUUGGAACUUCUAAAUGAGAACUGAUUAUCAUUAAAGGAGUAUUUCUAUGUAA